AUGAUACUUAUAGUUAAAAAGGAAGAUAAUUUCAAAAUCUAUAAAAAAUUUUUCCAAACAAUACAAUUGCUUUUAUUUCAAAAGAUAUUUACCAUAAGGAUAUAUCAAACUUUUAUUGAAGAAAUUAGUAUGCCAAAACUUGGUUAAGUUUUAGCUUAAGAUAGUUUCACUUGUUAACUAGUCUUGAUGUUAAAGUAUGUGGCACUAAAUUAUAAUUAUCAUUUUAUUGAGAAUUAAUUAUUACAUUAUAUUGUAUCCAUGUAUUACCCAGAUUUAAAAAAUAUAAAAAUGAAUAUCUUUCAUAAAUUUGAGUUCAAAGAAGAUAUUAAUUAAUUUUAACUUCCUAUGUAAAAUUUGAAAUUAAUUUAUGGAUAAUUAUUAAAGAGAGCCAAUAAAAAAUGUAGGUUGAAUAAUAUCCUAUAUGAAAUUUCUAGAAUUUAAUUUAUUCUCGAAUAAUCAUUUGGAAGAUGUAUUCUGUAAUGUAGUUAUUAGUUAGGAAAGAAAUUAUCGAAAAAUUCUAAUGAUAUUUUUAUUGAUAGAAUAACGGAAACAAAUAGAUUAGUUGUCUAACCAGCAGAAUAAUUAUACCAAGACUAAGUCUAAGAGCAUUAUCUGAAUAAACCUUUAGAUAUCCUUAAAAAGCAUGAUUGA